AUGGAUGCUCCCGAUGACAGGGAGAUCAAGUUGCAGCGGGCAUCUGGAGAUCUUGUGAAGGAAUUCUCCGCCAGGUUGCCCGCCCUACUCUGGAAACCGUCGACCGAGCGUGGAAAAGAAAGCCGAACACCACGACGACGGACACCCGCCGCCAAGGCAGAGAAACUCGUGGGACUUCUGGAACCUUUUCAGGAGUGGCCGCAAUUGUUAGAUCCGCAUCUGCAAUUGCUUCUCCCUCCUUUAGUUGAUGCGUUCCUUGCCUACUUGGUCAACCAUCGCGAUCAUUACGCUUCUAAAGCAGCAGAGUCAAACCAUCUCUAUCCGCUGCCGAGGGCAAUCUGCAGAAUUCUCUACACCUUCUGCAAGGUCCGCGGGGUCAAAGUGAUCAGCCGGUUUCUGAACAACGAACCCAAGUACCUUCAGCCGCUACUGCGGGCGUUUAUCGCAUGGGAUGAAAUCCCCCAAGAGGACCCCGCACAUGUCUCCUUGGGUGAUAUUCCCCGCCGACUUGUCUGGGAAGAGCGCUAUGUGAUGUUGAUAUGGCUGUCGCAUUUGUUGCUCGCCCCGUUUGACUUGUCGUCUUUGUCUUCGGAUGAUAUCCCAGUCCCGUAUCCGGAUCUCGAGCAGCUCACGAUACUGCCGCCCCAGGCGCCUGUCAUUGCCCGAUCUAUCCUUUCGCUGUCUCUGCACUAUGUGAACGCCCCCGGGAAGGAGCGCGAGGCUGCCACCGUGCUUCUGGCGAGGCUGGCGCUACGCGGGGACAUGCAGAGAUUUGGGAUCUUGGGUAAUCUUACGAACUGGGCUUUUUCUAUCAUCAAGCCGGUUGGAGAUGCUGAGCCGCUGUCGGUUUACACCUGUAUUGGAGUGCUGUCUUUCCUGUCUCGUUUGGCUGCUUCCGGUCAGGUGGAGGAGUUCGGCCCCCUGAUAGUGCCUGUGUUUGGACAAAUCCUCAGCGCUGUUCAGGGUGAGUCGCAGAUUUCGAAGAUUGUGCAGUCCUCGGCUAUUGCACGAAAGAUGAUUAUCAAGAUACUCCGCUGUUUGACUCUCAUGGCGAUCUCGCUUAAUGAGAGAGGAGACGGCUCGCUCUCCGAUGACCAGGUAUCGUUCGUCCUGGAAGAUACUAUCGAUCAUUUCUUAGUAGCCCUGGCCGACAAGGAUACCCCUGUGAGGUUUGCUGCGAGCAAGUCACUGAGCAUCAUCACGUUGAAGCUCGAACCUGAGAUGGCCACGGAAGUUAUAGAGGCUAUCACCGGCUCGCUCGAGGAGAACAUCCUUUAUCAAAAGCAGGAUGGUACCAUAGUUACACCGCUCGAGGCCAGGAUGAUCGGAACCAACGCGUUGAAGCGAAAUCUAAGCGCGGUUGACUCGCAACAGUGGCAAGGGCUGAUCCUCACCCUGGGCCAUCUUCUAUUUCGUCGCGCUCCCCCAACACACCAACUCCCGAAUGUCCUCCAGCCACUUGUGUCUGGGCUUGGCUUUGAACAGAGAUCUUCGACUGGAAGCUCUGUCGGGACUGGCGUUCGAGACGCUUCAUGUUUUGGCAUUUGGGCACUAUCCCGGAAAUACACCACCCAGGAGCUGCUGGCAUUGAACGCGCAAGCCAUCAACACCCCGACGGACCAGAAUGGAGUGAACACCCUGCAGAUACUAGCCACAGAGCUAGUGUGCGCCGCGUGCGUGGACCCAUCUGGGAACAUCCGCAGAGGUGCUUCAGCCGCCCUGCAAGAGCUCAUUGGCCGCCAUCCAAACACCAUCGCAGAGGGGAUAUCUCUGGUUCAGGUGGUGGAUUACCACGCGGUGGCGCGCCGCUCGAGGGCGAUGAUCGAUGUUGCUAAAGCGACUGCCGACUUGAGCCACACAUACUGGCGCCCUCUAUUGAAUUCGCUACUGGAUUGGAGGGGGAUUGACUCCCCGGACGCGGAAUCUAGAAGGCAUGCUGCGAAAGCAAUUGGCAUUCUGAGCACUCAGAAAUCUUUCGCCACUAUGGGCGUCGUGCUGCAUCAGCUGGUGGACAAACUUAUGAGUCUUCCGCACAACGAGGCCGAAGCGAGGCAUGGUUGUUUCCUUGCGCUUUCUGCUACGAUCGAUGCAUUUAUUUCAGGUCGAGAGACGUCAGAUGACAGCAGCUCGUUCGAAGCCGAGGACGUUGCUCGCCAGCUGGCUGGAUUGUGGGAAAUAUUCAACUCCCCAGCUAGUCCCACGAAGGACGACUUGACUCUUCAAGUACGGCGUCCAGAACUGACAGCCGAAGCAGCGUCAUGCCUGAUUCAGUCGCUAGCACUGGCAACGUCGCACACCAGCGCCCCUCGAGUUAGCGUGCCAUCGGCCGAGUUGUUAGAUAAAGCGCGCACGGUGCUCCUGCUUUGCAUCUCACGAGGCGAAGACACCUCUAUAGCGGCUGCUGCAAGCGCUUGGCCAGAACUCUUUUCCCUCCUGCCCUCGCCAGAGCAGGACGAGACGAUACAGAGCUGGUUUUCGCACAUCAAUGCAACACGGAAACUGCCCACUGCACGGGGCGAGAUUCUUGUCCUAGGAGCUAUCUUCCGGAAGAUUUCCCCGGAGAAUGGUGUCAGACAGUCGAUCAUAGAAGAGCUACUUCGCGUAGCUAGCAAGGAAGAAUUGAUUGAGAAGAGGGUUGUGGCUGUGAAGAGUCUGACCACUGGGGUCCUACCUUACAUAGAUGUGACGCACACUAUUGCAGACAACCUUGUUGAAUUCUUAAACGAUUACACAACAAACAGACGGGGUGACAUUGGAUCAUUGGUCAGAAUGGAGGCUAUCCAAGCUGCAUAUACGGUGCUCCAGAAGAAGAUCGGAACGGCGGACCGCUCACACGUUCAAGAGAUCGUCGGCUGUCUGUGUAGACUCGCAGCGGAGAAGUUGGACAAAGUCCGUCUCCAGGCUUGGCUUUGCCUUCAAAGCUUCUGGGAAUCGGAGGCCGACUUUCCACGACUACAGCGAAAAUACGAACACUUCAGCCACGUCUCAUCGGUCGACUACUUCCUGCAGCUACUCGAACUACAGUCAAUUGACUGGUUGCGUCUACCCUUGUUCCAAGGCCUCGCGACCUCAGCUGUCGUUGGAGCUGAGGGUCUCGUUCGCUCGUCCCGCCUAGCACUGGCCUAUAGUCUCAAUAACCACGGAGCGCCAGAGCGACAGACCGUGGCUAUCGCCAUUUUGAAAGACCUCCUCGUCAUUUUAACUGAAAAUCUGCAGGAUGACCGCUACGCCAUCCCGACCUUGGAGCUUAUAGCCUGGUUGCUGGACGGCUACGUCUCUUUCAUCCCCGAAGGCUUGGAGACAAGCUUCCGCAAAUUAUUCGUCGCCGUCCAAAAGGCACACUUUAAAACAGCCAACGUUGCAAGACUGGAAGCUGCAGUCAAGAUAUAUGCGAGUCUGUCGCGAUUAGAGGCGCUGAGGGCAGAAGUUCUUAAGAAGAUGACGGGGAUGCUGUUGCAUCCUUUCCCUAGGGUCCGCAACCUGGAGGAACGGAUAAAGGUCGACCAACUCAAGGAGGCCCUCGAAGAGAUCUUCUCCGAAUAUGGCAACGUCCUCGAAAUCGUCGCCAAGACGAACUUGAAGGCCAAGGGCCAGGCGUUCGUCGUCUUCGAUAGCGUGGACUCCGCCACGAACGCCAUCGACGAGAUCAAUGGGUUUGAUCUGUUUGAGAAGCCGAUGGUUCUGGACUAUGCGAAGACGCGCAGUGACGCGACGGUUUUGCGCGAGGGAGGGGCUGAUGAGCUGGAGGUUCAUAAGAGGAGGAGGUUAGCUGAGAAGGAGCGCAAGCAAGCCCACGAAGCUCUCGAAGCCCAAAAGAAGCUCAAGCGACCCUCCGGCGCCCCCGACGCCGCUCGCCCCGCCAAAACGGCCAAAGGCGCCGGCCUCAAGCCCACCAGCGGUGCCGCCGCGGCCGUCAUCCCCGACGAGUAUCUCCCGCCCAACAAGAUUCUCUUCCUGCGCGACCUGCCCGACACCGCCGACCAGGAGAGCCUCACGGCCGUGUUUGGCCGCUUCGAGGGUUUCCAGGAGGUGCGUCUGGUGCCUGGUCGCAAGGGAAUUGCCUUUGUCGAGUACGAGAGCGAGUCUGGGGCGAUCAGUGCGAAGGAGGCGACCUCCGGUAUGCCUAUGGGGGAGCAGGGGAAGCCGAUCCGCGUUACCUUCCAGCGGCAAUAG